UUAACUCCUUGGAAGUCACAGUUCUUUGAGAGUGCUCGUAUAACACCAGUGUAAUACCAGUUACAAUGAAGGCUGUACUAUUGACCCUCUGCUUCGCGGUAGCCGUUCUAGCGCAGGACCAAUACGAGUCCGCUAACGAUAACUUCGACAUCUCCGAAGUCCUGACAAAUGAGAGGCUCCUUCACGCGUACGCAAACUGCUUACUCAACAAAGGACCCUGCACUCCAGAAGUUAAACAAGUAAAAGAUAAAUUGCCCGAAGCUCUGGCUACUCGAUGCGCGAAAUGCACUGACAAACAAAAGCAGACUGGUAAGGCGCUCGCUCAAGAAGUCAAGAAGAACCACCCCGAGACUUGGAAACAAUUGGUAGCGAUGUACGACCCUGAGGGCAAAUACCAACAGGCUUGGCAAGACUUCUUGAAAGAAUAAGGAAAACAUACAAUUAAACGUUUUAUUAAUUACUUCUCAAACAGAAAAUAACAAUUUUCAACUACAAAU